CAGAAUCUUUGCGCCACUGAGCCCUGCCUGAACAACGGAACGUGCUACAUGGGAUAUACCGUGAAGAAGUACAUUUGCGCAUGCCUAGCUGGCUUCAAAGGUGAAAACUGCGAGAUAAAAGGUACUCUCAACAGAACUAAAACCUAGCUGAGGGGUUAGGGGGUUAUCACUAAGGGUUUUUGCUCGCCCUCAAUUUUUCUUCCUUUUUUUUUAAAAAAAAAAAGUUAAAGUGAUACAAAAGAGAAUAACGCAAAAAUCAACACAUAGUUUGCGAUAUUUAUUCCUUUUCUUUCCAGUGGACACUGAUCUACGACGAUUUUUCCAAGUAGGGAAACGAUUAAACAGCAAAGGGGGUCUAUAUACUUAGCCUGUGUACAGAUGCCCCCUCAGUAAAGCAAUUCCCCUUUGCCGACUUUUUACUAAGGGGAGGGGCGUCUGAACACAGGCUAAAUAUAGUGACUGUGACCGAACACAGCCGAUGGGAAUGGGGGGAGGGCUAAAGGGGGAGGGGCGGAUGGACACUAAAAAUGACUUGAUGUCUUGGUACUACUGCACACCGUAUUAGCGAUCUACUACAAUCCGUUUGUUUAUAAGAGAUGUUUUAUUUAAAUAUAGUUGGUAGCAAAUAUAGUGGCUGCUAAGAUCACGGCUAUCAUAUUGCGUUAAAGUGAUAAAGCUUGGAAACGCUACACUGUUCAUUCAUUCAGUUAAUUCAAGUUCGCAGAAAUUGUGCUGAUGUCUAUGAAGCCGGUUUUCGAACCAGUGGUGUCUACACUAUCGACCCUGAUGAUGCUGGAGCCUUUGAUGUGUACUGUGACCAAAAAACAGCCGGUGGCGGAUGGACUGUGUUCCAAAAGAGACUGGACGGCUCGGUAGAUUUCUAUCGCGGCUGGGACGACUACAAACGAGGCUUUGGAAAUCUGAAUGGUGAAUUUUGGCUCGGGCUGGACAAGAUUCAUCGCCUGACGAAAGGACGCAGCAAGCUUCGGGUUGAUCUGGAAGACUUCGAUAACCAAACAGCUUACGCUGAAUACGACUCAUUUGCUGUUGAUGAUGAACAGAGCAAGUACAAGCUGGAACGUCUUGGACAAUAUGCUGGUAAGACACAAUACCACAGUUAAAACAUUAAAGAAAUAAUAAUGAAGUUCCACGCCGUCGUAAGAUCAGUGCAACAAUUUACAGUUUAUAUUUUACAUUCCAAUUUUAAGGAGGCCUAGCUUCAGCUACAUGCUUAAUAAUUUCUGAAUUUUCAUAAUAACCACCAGCAUUUCUCGAAUAAUGUUCCAACAAGAGAGAAUAUCGGUGAGAGAGGCAAUCUUAGCCCGGUAGCCGAGAUAUGUGAUUUUCACUAAAGUUAUAUUUAGAGGCUGGAUUAAACGGAAAUCUAUUUCCUGGAACGUCCGCACAUUUAAAUUAAUUAUUUGAAACGUCACCACCAAGUCCACCACGAUUAACGCCCAGUCCAAAAUAAUUCGUUUUCGUUUGAAAAUGUAUUAUUUCGCUCUGUUAAGGCCUGCCUUCCACACUAAUACACUGAGCAUUUUCAUCCAAAAACGGCAUCGAUUUGAGAACGCUUUUGAAAGUAACGCAUAGCGUGGAUGGCCGAAAACGCAGCAAAAUGAAAACGAUGACGUCAUAUGUACCAAAAUAUCGCAUGGGCGUGUAUUUGUAGCAUGCGCAUAGGGUUCAAAUUACGUCACAACGUGCAAUUCUACCGUUUAGUGAACGUUUUAGUGUGGACGGUCAAAAACGCAUCAAAACGGUAGCUUUGGACUCGAAUCGAUUGAUGUGUUUUCGCUGACAACAAAAACGCAUUAGUGUGGACAGGGCCUUAUUGCGACACACCAAGAGAGCAUAAGAACCUCCCUAUCCGACAACACUGAAUAAAAGUUUGUGGACCUCUCCAGAAACCAACUUCCGAUAAAUUUGAAGCGUUUAAUUGGUGUAAAAAUAAUUUAGUGAAAUUCGCAUAUUCCAAGGGCGAGAAUGGGUGUUUCUGUAACGCCUUUGCUCUUUGGUCGAAUUUUCCUUCCGAACGUCGGUUGGUUUACUGUCACCGUCUUAUUUCUUUCUUUCUUUAGCGCGUCUGGUGAGAAAUAGGGUCGUUCGCUAGUUCUGCUUCUUCCUUAACGAAUUUUACGAAGUGGCUAAAGGUGAUAAUCUUCUUUGUUUUCCGUUUGUGCUUCAUGGGCGUGCCUACACCACUUAAUGCCAGAAUAGGAAGGAAGCUUAGCACUGAUCUGAAGGAGUGUUUGUGUUGAGUCAAGAUCUCCCAUAGACUUCAUUGUUUUCAUCGCUUCUUCACAUCGCACAAGAAAGUCAGAGAACUCCUGGACACCACUACUAUUUCCGUCACUGAUCUGCGGCCAUUUUCUAAGGCUAGACUUAUACGCUUCUGCCACAUUCACUGGAUUUCCAAAGCCGUGGUCAAGCAAUUUCCGGGCUUCUUUGUAAGCGCUGUCCGAGCUCAUACCUAGAUAUCCUUUCACAACUUCGUUCGCCUUAUCCUUAGUCUACUUGUCUAGGAAGAAGAGACGAUCCUGUCCAAAAACACAUUAGCGGAAAUGAUGGAGUCAAAGGCAGUUAUAAACGCUGGAUACUCGAAUGGAUCUCCAGAAAAGACAGGCGACUCUUGUACUGGAAGAUGGGUAGUCUUCUGCUGACUUAUUAUCAUCGAACUUAACUCUGCUUGUUUUGCUUGAAGGUUAACUAUUCGCGCAUAGUAGCGCUGAUAUCUGGACUAACGUACGGCGAGGAUGAGAAAAACAGUUCUGGUCGCAGAAUCUCGGGAGACUGUGGUAAGUUACUUGGGACGAAGGGAGGAUCGUUCGGGUCCACAGGAAAAUCUCUCUCAUUCUUAAAAACCUUUCGGCACCCGUGCCUGGUUUGAGAUCUUGUUUCACCCUUUUGCUUUCUUCCUUAGUUUGUCUUCAUCUAUUAUUCUUCUAAUUGCAUCCUCUUCGGCAUUCGCAAUAGCCAUUUCCUUUUCAACAUGUAAUGUAUUUCUCUUUCUUUAUCGAAAAGUUCCAUUUCGGCUCGUAACUUCGCUGCUUUAGCGACUGCAUCGACUAAGGCAAGAGAAAUUCGAUGAGACGAGGAAGAUCGAGAAGACCUGACAGACGACUUCCUACUGUGCCUGGACUUCUCGGAUGGGAGUCGAGUGGAUAUUUUCUCCAGUGCCUGAAUGCGCUCGCAGAUUCUNGAAAGUCAUCUAAAUAAAUAUUCAUUUGCGUGUCAAAACAGCAUGGCUUACCAGGGUCGUAAACGAGAGCAAUAAUGCGUGAAACGACCAUGGAAACAUUUUACAUUAUCAAUCAGAUACUAAAGAUUAACAGGGCUCAUUGAAACUUACCUUGGAUGAGCUGCAUCUUGAAAUUCAGGACGUUCAAAAUCACCCUCAAAACCCUCGAACGCUCUUUCCACCGCGGAGAGAAGACAGAAAUUAGCCGCGAAGGAUCAUGGGAUAUAUGAAAUUCCCCCCUUUGGUAGGAGGCGUCUUUUUCUUCUGGCGAUUGCAACAAAUCAUCGUACGCCUUUUGCGCGUCAUUAAACUCAUCUUUCAAGCGAUCUAAAUAAUCCCUCUCUGAGGCUAAUUGUUCAAUUGUUGUCUCAGGUAAGUCACGUAUUAUAUUGAUCUUCUCUAUCUGCCUUUUCAGUUUCGCAAGCGCACAAUCACGGUUAGCUUGUUUAAUCCCUAACUGGUAAGCUUUUCCUUUUUCCGUCAUUUUUCUUGUGCGAGGAGCUUCAGUUUUCGAAAUGGAAGAUGUGACGCUUGUCACGCUCUUUGACGCCGGAUGUGUUUGUUUUGGCGCAUUAUCUCGGGUAGGUGUCGGCGUAUGGUUACGAAGGUAUGCGACGCUAAAGACACUCAUAAGGCCAUCAAAUAAAGUUUCAAAAGUUCAAGCAACGUUCAACAAAUGUUCAUAACCAUCGGCAAACAAGACUGGCGAUAUUUUACUGUGGCUGGCGACGACCCAAACAAUCAAAAGAGAAACGAAACUUCGAGGGGUGUAUCGCAGCAGGUUAGAUUAGGGACUAUUUUACGGGUCGGCAAAACAAGAAAACCACGGAAAACCAAAGGUAACGGUUAACGGUGAUUUAAUUCCAAAUUCCAAAGACCGAAAUCUAUGGACCAAAGAUUGACCGUGAACUGAAAUAACAAUACAAAAAUCUCUAUCAAUUUGGCGAAAAGGCGAUACUGAGACAAAUAACGCGUAAUCAACAAACAGAAGCUUGAAAAGGUAAUAAAGCGAUUCUAUAAUGAUUAGGUCGAUAACAAGACGGUAAAAUCUACUUAAAGGCUACAUAGACUGAAAUUAGACAUUAAUUCCAUAAAUCUGAUCUUAAUUCUUGUACUAUAAAGUAAAAUUGUGGGCGUUGCUCUAACAGGCGUUCAAAUCCGCUUUUAUUUUCGCUCAUGAAACAAUUAUAAAUCAAUUAAGCUUAAAUCUGUAUACUUGUACAGUAACAUUCGUGUACUUUUACCCCGGGGAGGGCACUUGGGUAUUUUUUGGGUGGAUAUGUGCCGCCCGGGACUCCAGAUUGGCACCCCGUUCUAAAAAAAAUAACCCCUAAAAUUGAUACCCCGUUCUAGAAAUGGGCCAAUUUUUUAAUACUCCGUUCUAGAAAGUUUGUAAAUUGAAAUAGCCCUGUUUUUUUCAAAAGAUAUUUCUUCAUUUGUUCGACUUAUACAUCAAAUAAAUGCUUCUUCAUAAUCAGCAACAAUUUUAAGCAGAAGAUAAAGCCUUGAUCCACAAUUUUUUAUACCCCGUUCUAGAAAACGCCUCUGAAAUGGAUACCCCGUUCUAAAUCAGGAGCUUCAAAAUCACGACCCCGUUUGGCGGCACAUACCCGUAUAGGUAAUGUAUGGGAGUGCCCCCCCCCCCGGGACUUUUACCCACUGACUAAAGAACGAAACUAAACAAUAUAACAAAAGAAAUCACUUACAUAUCGGUCCCACUUGUACCAAAGGUAAAGACAAAUCACAAAACGAUGUCACGACGCGAAUCCUACUUGACUUUUUCUGCCCAAAAGGAGAAGUUUCACCCGUUUACCUUCACUUACAAGGAAAAAUUACGCCAAGUCAAUGUUCAGAUAAAAUAACUAAAGAUUAAAGAGUGUGAUAAGUAGACUGUAACAUAGUUAGGGUUAAAUGCACUCUUUGUAACGGUAACAAUGCCCGUUUUACUUAUUUGGAGUGCUGCUACUACUCUCUCACUUUCCCGCCGAAACGUCUAAAGAAAGGUUAUUUAGGACCAUUAAUAAGAACUAUGGUAAGAAAUGAGGUUCUUGUUUAUCUUUUUAGGAACUGCUGGUGACUCUCUUGCAUGGCAUCAUAAUAUGCCAUUCUCCACUAAAGAACAAGACAAUGACCAAGCUUCGGGCACGAGCUGUGCCAUUUUAUAAUGGGGAGCCUGGUGGUACAAUAAAUGUCAUGCCUCCAACUUAAAUGGUCGCUAUCUUAAUGGGAGUCACUCCUCUUAUGCCAACGGUGUAAACUGGUAUCACUGGAAAGGCCAUCAUUACUCCGCCAAACGGGCUGAAAUGAAAACCAAACCAGUAGAAGCCUAA